UGGACAGGACAGAGAAAGGAGGGUAGAGAGAGAGAAGAAAAGAGAGAAAUGAAAAGUUUUAUACAUGUAGAUGUAGAGGGAAAGGGGGACAUCUAAGUCAUCAGAUGCUAUUAGAAUUUUCUAUUGUAUAGAAAGCCACCAAAAGAAGGGAAAGUAAAAAAGUAAAGUAAGUGAGCUGAGCUGUAAGAGGUAUGGGCUGCCAGGUUAUUUGUGUUGUUGUACUGUCUUCAUUACUGUGCCUCUCUGGGGUGUGGACUCAGGAAUUGAGAGAACGAGAUGCACUCUGCAAUGAGGAAGGGUGCUAUGUGCUUUACUUCCAGCGCAAGAUCUUCCUAGAUGCCUGGCGGAGCUGCAAAGAACAGGGAGGCAACCUAGCCACCAUCAGGCAGCUGAAAGAAGCAGAAAUGGUGAAGGAGCUUUUUUCUAAUGUUGAACUGAUGUCACACCAUAGAGGCAAAGUACAAGUUUGGAUUGGCCUUCAGAGGCAACCUCGUCAAUGUGCCUCUACACGGCCCCUGCGUGGCUUCUCGUGGAUCACUGGAGAUCAGGACACUCAGUACACUAACUGGCUGCAAGAGGACUCUUCAAAAACCUGCUCAUCACCACGUUGUGUGGUAAUGGCUUACAGCACCACAGCCCAUGAGCAAGGGGAUAAUCUGAAAUGGAAGGAUGGACCUUGUUCCAUUUUAAUGGAUGGCUACCUGUGCAGGUACACCUCCCGAGGCAUGUGUGCUGCAAUUACUAGUGAAGGAGGUGGAAAUACACUGUAUAGUACCCCUUUUAACCUGCUGAGUACCCUCUUAAAGCAUGUUCCAUUUGGAACAGUUGCAACUGUACCAUGUCCCAUUAAGGAUGACCAGUCAGUACUCUGCACACAAAAAGAUGACGGAACUAUAGGUUGGAACAGGGAUCCACCUUUUUGCUCUGAUGCACCUAAGGCAAGCUGGUGCGAUAAGGACAAUGGAGGUUGCCAUCAUUUCUGCAUUGAAGAUGAGGGACACUACUCCUGUCAUUGUAAUGAGGGCUUUAUCUUGGCUCAGGAUGGGGUAAGCUGCUUUCCCUCUGACCCUUGCAGUGAGGCUCACUGUGAGUUUGAGUGCCUGCCAGUGAUGGACGGCUACCGCUGUGCUUGUCCUGAUGGCUACAUGCUGGCACCCGAUGAGCAAGCCUGUCUAGAUAUCAAUGAAUGCCUACAGAGCCCAUGUGAGCAAAUCUGUUUAAAUGCACUAGGAAGCUUUGAGUGUCUCUGCCGAGAUGGCUUCCAACCAGAUGAGGAGGGUGCAUGUGAAGAUGUGGAUGAGUGUGCAGACAACCCAUGUGAACAUGCAUGUGAAAACACAUUGGGCUCCCAUAUUUGUCACUGCCAUCUCGGUUUUUCCCCAUUGCAAGAGGAUCAGAGUCACUGUCAUGAUGUCGAUGAAUGCCAAAUUGAAGGAACUUGUGAACAAAUGUGCAUUAAUUAUGAAGGAGGCUUUGAGUGCUACUGUGAGGAAGGUUAUAAUCUUCAACCAGACCAAUUUUCUUGCAGACCCAUCGAGGUGAACCUAGAGAUUACCACAGCAACUGUCUCUGACCCAAGGAGUCCUCGCAACCCUAUAUGGGAACCACAGAAUCCUUUAUACACGUGGAAAUCUGCACCUGAGUCUGAUUGGAGAGAAUCUCUGUACUGGCAGACAGAGCCACCUAAUGUGGAGACAAUUCCAACAGAGCUGCUUUGGCUAGCUAGUACAACUGAGGAGGAACCUGAAAUGACAACACCAACUGAAAGUUCCCCUGAGAUCAUUCAUGUUGUUAGGGGUGACUUUCGUCCAGAAGACCUAGUGGCCAAUGCCUUUUUUCUUCCCACCACUACGCCCACACCAGACUAUUAUGAGGAUGAGAGCACCACAGUUCCCACAGUCCUCCCCUCCUCCACAGCAGCAGGCGGAGCUUGGAAUUGGCUCUGGUUCAGCUCAACCCAAACACAGUCUGAGACAGCGGAAACAGCAAAGAACACUUUCAACUUUCAUAGCGAGUAUGACUCUUAUAAGCAAGACUAUGAAGAUAGUGAAAAUGAUAAUGAUGAAUCAACCACCAUUUGGCCUGAUCAUCAAACAUCCACCCUGUUCCCGAUGCAUUCACAAGGAACAGAGGAGGACAGCUAUAAUGAUGGCAACAAAAAGAAGCCAGGCCAAGCAAGCAGCUGGUUACUAGUUGGAUUGCUAGUGCCACUUUGCAUAUUCAUUGUUGUGAUGGUGGUACUGGGCAUUGUAUAUUGUACCCGCUACACAGUUAAGCCACAGAACAAGAACACCAGUGAUUGUUACCACUGGAUUGCUGGUGCUGGCGAUAAAGCGGCUGCUGAAAUCUCUGGUAGCGGUACUAAGUCCCAUGUUUAAGCAACUAGUACUGUGACUGGACAGUGUGAAAAUGUAAAUAACGGUUGUUUUGAGAAUUCAGAGUUGCUGGAGUUCCAGGAGCAAUUAGAUGGAUUGUGGGUAGCACCCCGCCAUUCCCAAGAUACAGUUUUUCAUCCAUCAUUUUUUGUGGAUGUUAAUCUAGACUGUCUGCUAAGCAGAAAAGGGAGGUGGGGGGCAAAGAGGAAUGCCUCUAAAACCACUGAACCACUCUGCUCUCCAAAGAGGCAAUACAAUUGUUCUCCUGUUGCUCAGACAGAUCUUUUAGUUUGCCAUACAGGCAAAUAAGAGAGCAUAAUGGAGAAGGAUACUUUAGCCUGGUUGAGUAAUUCAGGUCAUAUUUAUUCAAUUUGAAGAAACAUUCCAUCAGGAUAAUUGAGUUUUUGCCAUACAGGAGAGUCAUAUAUUUAGAGAUUUGCUAUGUAAGGAGCCAUAAUUUCUGUGUCCAUUUUGACAAUGUUAAGAUUUUCAUUCCAUGUUGUGUUAUCUGUCUGGUCCAGACCAAGACAAAUGCUUUAACCCACUGUAAUUGUGUGUGUAAAACAUUGAUGCCACCAAUUUGUGCCAUACAAACCUUGUAAAAUGAUGACUCAAUAUACAUUGACAGAAAAAGUAUCAUCUGUUUAAUGACAGUGAUUUGAAAGCUCUAAAACCAGGCUUUUAGAGGCUUACAUGCUAAGCAGUUUUGUUUCCUCAUAAAGUCAAAACUUCCACCAAAGUUCCACCUUUAACUACUUCUUUAUUUUUUUAAUUUCUUUUAUUGUUCAUUAGUGUUGAAUAAUAAGGAUUAAAAGUUAAUGUCUUUAUUGUUCAGGACAUGCACUUUGUGAUUGAUGUUAUAUCUUAUGCAUGUCUGUAAAAUCAAUAGGCAAUAGAUCAAAACAAAUUGAAAUUUUUGUUGUUUAAAACCUGGUUUAUGCUUAAAACAUCCACUUGUUCACGAGGGAUUGUGCACAGGAAGGGAUGUCAUUGCGGGUUUCGCCUUGCCCCUGCAAGACUCUAUCUUGCGUGAUCAUGCACAUGCCAAAUUUGUUAACUUUCCGCACAUUGCGAGCACAGUGCUUCAAUCCCAUUGGAUGAAUUCGAGGGAAAGGGGCAGGACAGAUGUUCUAGCACUUUUGUACCAGAAUUAAUAUACUGCUAAUAAAUGUUAAAAGGACAAUGUUUUCACAGUGAAAUUACCUUUUGCAGCUCCACAGUUGUUCUGGUUAAGAAAGACAAGUAAGCCUAUUUGUCCACUACCUUUUGUACACUGAAUAAAAUGGUCUAAACAAUACAAUAAAGUUUGGUUUUAUUAAUUAUUAAUAUAUAACUGAACAACUCUUGUAUAUUUUAUACAAUGUAAAAAUAAAAGCAUUUUUCAUAACGUGUUAAAUGUAACAAUUAUUGUUAUUAUUUUAAAUGUAAAAGUCAUAACCUUGAAUCUAAAAUCUAAAGCACUAUUAUUUAAACUGUAAACGUAAAUGCUUAAAUGCUUAAAAACCUAUGGAGGGUGAUUUGAGUCAUUUAAAGGACCUGAUUUCUGUCUGAUAUUCCAUUCCUGGCUGAAAUGGAAUAUUAGCAAAUGUUUUCCACAUAAUUUAGUGAUUUGGGAUGGACAGAAUGCAAUGCAUAUUAUUAUUUUUUUUUCCUGAAGCUGCACAAACUCACACAGAUAUAACAAACAAUUCCAGAAUUACAUUUUAUUCCCUUUGAAAUUACAUUUAAAUAUUUUUAUAAAUGUGUAGAAUGGUGGUUCUGGUUUUGCUUCAGGACCCAGAUUUUACAUUGGACAUCGACUGGCGACCAGACAAAUGUGUUUCUUGUAUAAAAUGCCCUUAAAAUCACAUUUUAAAAUAUAUAUAUAAAAUAUUAUUUAUAUUAUCAUGAACGGCAUAGAUGUGCAAAUUUAUAUUACAAAUUUUUGGGGGAAAAUUUUUUCAAUGGGACACUCUGCCAUAUGGCAACUCUGUACCACAAUGUAAAAUGGUCGAAAAAACAUUCUUAAAAAAUGAUAAAAUUCUCACUGAAAUAAAUGAAUAUAUAUUGAAUUAAUUCAUGUAUUUAUGAACACGUUCCGUAAAUCAUUGCUAUGUUCAUUUUUGUCUGAAAAAGAAGAAAUACAAAUCAUAAUGGUGUAAAUGCAAUUUUAUUAUGGUAAACAUGUAGCCGGUGGGUUGUAAAGAAACAACACAGGAUACAAAAAUGUCUUUUUGGGGUUUUAUUCUGAUGGAUGUUGAAAAAAGAGGGGGAAAAAAAGAAGCUGUCGAUGGGGCUGUAUAUAUGUAAAAAAAAAAAAAAAAAAAAAAAAAAAACUGUAAAAUGAAAUAUGGUUCAAAGAAAUACGGUAGAGGCAAAUGUCAAAAGAAAAUACAAACAGGGUAUUAGCCACAGUCGCCUUCGGCUUGCUCACUGGGGUUCUAAAUACAAUUAUUAUUUAAUUAUUUAUUUUAUAUAUAAUUUACAAUCAUAUUUAAUAAAACUACACAAUGAUGACUCUAAGACUUUAUAGAUAUUACAGUGUCAUUUUCUGUUAAUGCAUGAUUUUCUGUAAAGCUGCUUUGAAACGAUGUGUGUUGUGAAAAACGCAACACAAAUAAAAAUGACUUGACUUGA